GCGGGCGGCGGGCGCGCCCGGAGCCUCCGGAGAUGGCGGGAGGGCACUGCGGCCACUUCGCCGCGGCGGCGGCUGGCAGCGGCGAGAUCGUGCAGCUGAACGUCGGGGGGACCAGAUUUAGUACCUCAAGACAAACCCUCAUGUGGAUUCCAGAUUCGUUUUUUUCCAGUUUGCUGAGUGGAAGAAUUUCAACACUUCGAGAUGAAACUGGUGCUAUAUUUAUUGAUCGAGAUCCAGCAGCAUUUGCACCCAUUUUAAAUUUUCUUCGGACAAAAGAACUAGAUUUAAGGGGAGUGAGUAUUAACGUUCUGAGGCAUGAAGCCGAAUUUUAUGGAAUCACUCCAUUAGUCCGAAGGCUUCUCCUGUGCGAAGAGCUGGAGCGCUCCUCCUGUGGCAGCGUCCUUUUCCAUGGUUACUUGCCUCCACCAGGUAUUCCUAGUCGUAAGAUAAACAACUCAACUAGAUCCUCAGCUGGUUCUAGGAAUGGAUUAAAUUCCACAGAAAGUGAAGGUCGGGGAAAUGGUACCCAGCCUGCUCUCUCGGGAACUGGAGAAGAGACUGUUAGGCUAGGAUUUCCUGUGGACCCACGAAAGGUGCUGAUAGUGGCUGGCCAUCACAACUGGAUUGUCGCUGCAUAUGCUCACUUUGCUGUGUGUUACAGAAUCAAAGAAUCUUCAGGAUGGCAGCAGGUGUUUACAAGCCCGUAUUUGGAUUGGACUAUUGAACGAGUGGCUUUAAAUGCGAAAGUGGUCGGGGGCCCGCACGGAGACAAGGACAAGAUGGUGGCCGUGGCCUCGGAGAGCAGCAUCAUCCUGUGGAGCGUCCAGGACGGCGGCAGCGGGAGUGAGAUCGGAGUGUUCAGCCUUGGUGUUCCUGUAGAUGCCCUCUUCUUUAUUGGUAACCAGCUGGUGGCUACGAGCCACACAGGGAAAGUGGGCGUGUGGAAUGCCGUCACUCAGCAUUGGCAGGUUCAAGAUGUUGUUCCUAUAACUAGUUAUGACACUGCUGGCUCAUUCCUUCUACUGGGAUGUAACAACGGAUCAAUAUAUUACAUCGAUAUGCAGAAGUUUCCUUUGCGAAUGAAGGAUAAUGAUCUUCUUGUAACUGAGCUUUAUCACGACCCUUCAAAUGAUGCCAUCACUGCACUGAGCGUUUACCUCACACCCAAAACAAGUGUGUCUGGCAACUGGAUCGAGAUCGCCUACGGGACGAGCUCCGGCGCCGUGCGCGUCAUCGUGCAGCACCCGGAGACGGUGGGGUCAGGGCCCCAGCUCUUCCAGACUUUCACGGUGCACCGAAGCCCGGUGACGAAGAUCAUGCUGUCGGAGAAGCAUCUCGUGUCAGUGUGUGCAGAUAAUAACCACGUCCGGACGUGGACAGUCACCCGGUUCAGAGGCAUGAUCUCUACCCAGCCAGGCUCCACUCCUCUGGCGUCAUUCAAGAUACUGUCUCUGGAGGAGACAGAAAGUCACGGAAGCUAUUCUUCUGGAAACGACAUAGGGCCUUUUGGAGAACGAGAUGAUCAACAGGUGUUUAUCCAGAAAGUUGUUCCCAUCACCAACAAGCUGUUUGUAAGACUCUCAUCUACUGGGAAAAGAAUCUGUGAGAUCCAGGCUGUUGACUGUACCACAAUAUCGUCAUUUACAGUGAGAGAAUGUGAGGGGUCCAGUCGGAUGGGCUCAAGGCCAAGGCGCUACCUGUUCACGGGCCAUACAAACGGCAGCAUUCAGAUGUGGGAUCUGACCACGGCGAUGGACAUGGUUAACAAAAGUGAAGAGAAGGACGCAGGUGGCCCGACCGAAGAAGAGCUACUCAAGUUACUGGACCAGUGUGACCUGAGCACGUCGCGCUGCGCCACCCCCAACAUCAGUCCAGCCACUUCCGUGGUGCAGCACAGCCGCCUCCGCGAGUCCAGCUCCAGCCUCCAGCUCCAGCACCAGGACGCCGUCCACGAAGCAGCCACGUACGGUUCGGUGCGGCCGUACAGGGAGAGUCCCCUGCUGGCGCGAGCGAGGAGGACCGAGAGCUUUCACAGCUACCGGGACUUCCAGACCGGUCAUUUGAACCGGAACGUAGAGCGGGCUCUCCCUGAAAAUGGUAACUUGGGUCCAGCACAAGCCGAAGUCAAGCGGGCAGCAGGGGAGUGUAGCGUGCCGGAGAGAAAGUCUCCAGGGACGGAAAUAAAAAGUUUGAGAGAAUCAGAUAGCGGAUCGGAAGUGCAUAAAGUGGCUGAGGGUCUGGAAUCUAAGAAAAGGUCGUCAGAAGAAGAAAAUGAAAAUAAAGUGGAGUCAAGGAAGAAAGGGGGAUUUGAAGGAGGAGGAUUCCUCGGAAGGAAGAAAGUUCCGCAUCUGGCCUCCUCCCCCAGCACCUCUGACGGAGGGACAGGGACGGACUCCCCGGGGACCGCGUCCCCCUCCCCCACAAAGACCACGCCGUCUCCUCGGCAUAAAAAAAGCGAUUCUUCCGGUCAGGAGUACAGCUUGUGAAAACUCACCAGAAUGAAUAGUUGUUUUGUUCAUUUAGACGAAAGUUCAAAACUUUACUGGAUUUCAGUACGUUAGCUUUUACACCAAAACUUUACAAAUUAAAACUGGAGUUCAUUCAGUAUCUUUUUAAACAGAAUUUCCUGGAGUAGGGAGAUAAAAUAAUUGUAUCUCUUUUCACCUUUUGGAAAGUUUUUUUAGUUUUACAAGGACAUUUGACAGAUUGUUUAUAAAAAAAAAAGUAAGAGUUCAUUUCAACGUUCCUCUGCUCUCUGGAUGUUGGAAGCAAAGUGUUGGGUCUCAGACGGUGCGCACGUACGAGCACCCUGUGAGGGCACGGAGACCGACCGUGCAUUCUGAGUCCCCGUAAUGCUUGAGGUUUGGCUUGUAAUGUCAUAUUAAGCGAAUCACGUUAAUUCACUUUGGAACUUAGUCUCCCAACACUUAUGGUCAUUGUCAAGUGUUUACCAGAUAUUUAAUGAGGUGCUAUGUUUGUGAAAAAAUACCAUCUAAUUCAAAAAACACUAUUGAUGUUGAACACCAGAUAACACUGUAUAGUACUCAGUCCCUUAGGGUUUUGUUUUGUUUUUUUUUAACUCUGAGUCAUUAUCUGAUUCUCAUUUUUGGAGUUCUUAUGUCUCAGCAAACAUCACCCGUAUUAAAUACCAAACAUUGACUUUAACUUCUUUAAAGCUGGAGCAGUGUCUGUGUUUGAACAGGUGAAGUAACAGUAAUAAUCCAGGAUCGAGCUUUGAGUACCCAGAAGGGAAACCGUCCUAGUUGUUAGUCUGCCUUGUCUUAUUUAGGAUCCACCCUAUUUCCCCCCCACUGUUAAUAAUGAAGAUAAUCAAGUUAGAAUGUGGCCGUUUUGUUAAGCGUAUGAAACCACAGUUCUCAAGUUUUGGUAAAAGGUUUUGGCUGAUGUAAAAAUAUUAUUUUAAAAUAUAUUUUGAAUUGUAAGAACAAAAGAAAAUGUUUUGUAUUUUUUCAUUUAAUCGGCAUAAUUUUCAAGUUUCUGCAAAUAGGGUAAUUUAAAGAAUUAAGUGUUUAUUGGUGAAUAAUGUAUAUAUUCCCAUUCCAAGAAAUAUAAGUGAGUGAAGCUGAAAUAAAUUCUUUAAAGUUUACUAUAUUGCUAGUGAUUUCACAACAGUCCUCUUGUAUUUAUUUAUCAAUUAAGUCUAAUAAAAAUGAUUAAGACUA